AUGUUUUUAACAGAAUGUGACCUCACUGGAAUACCAGAGAACAGAAUAAGCAGCUCAGAUCCUGUUGUUCAUCCAAGUCCUAGAAGCAGCAGUGCAAGAAUCGGAGUGGAGGCAAACCCAGCACAGCCAGGAGACAGCGACCUUCUGGACACCUGUACACAAUCACCAGGUAAAGAGAAUGAAUUUCGGCAUCAUCUGGUAAAUCAGGCAAGGCAUCUUGAGUUGAGAGACAAAUUUGGUCCUUUGGAAUCUGCACAUAUAUUCACCUGGAAACACUCAAAGAUGGAUGCAGAUGGGGAAAAUAAAAAGCUGCGCACACGCUCGAAAGGAACCAAGGUUCAAGUGGACUCUAUAGCUCAAGAGCUCAGUGCCUACAAAUGCUCCAUGGCUAAGAAGAGAAAAGCUGAAGAACAGAUACCAGGUGUUCCCAUCAACAAAAGAAAGUCCCUCUUAAUGAAACCCCGCCACUACAGCCCCAGCUUGGAAUGCAAAGAGGAAAAUGAAGACAGAACAGAUUUACAGGAAGAGAUCAGUGUCCUCGAAAGCAGCUCAACUCCAGAGGAGAGUACUCCAAAAUCAUCUGAGAAAGCCCCUCAUUCAGGUGGCCAAGAAAAUUAUAGUCAAAGAAAUGAGAACUAUUCCAGCUACCAUGAUGCUGUAGCCAAAUCUUUGGUGAACAUGGGAAAAUUAGCAAAAGAUGCACCCAGUCAAACCGUGGCAGAAAAUCUAAAUGAUAGCGGCAUUCAAUCUUUAAAAGCAGAAAGUGAUGACACUGAUGAAUGUUACAUGAUUAACUCAGUUGAAGGAAAGGAAAAGACUGUUAUUUCUGAUCCAAAAUACUGUUCAUCUGAGGAAAAUGAAAGUAACUCUGAAAUUAUGGACAAUGAGUGGGACAGCUCCUCAAAUUUGUCAGAAGAAACUAGUGUAAAGCCCCAUGCAACUCAGAAAUACAUUGUAGAGUGUAAUCAACCUAGCAUCCUGGAAGUCCCAGAAAUUAAGAAGGAAGAGCUAGAAUUUGGCCCUUGUGAAACACUUUGUGACUCGGAAACAGAGCUAAGAGCACCCCAGGAGUCUCACUCAGAUCCUUUUGAGAAGAGAAUUCAGAAUCCUUUCCCUGAAAGUGAAGAAGACGACAACGAGUGCCUGUCAGAAACCACUGAAGCAUCGGUUGAGCUAGAAAAAAAAAAAGGGAACUUAAGUUUGCUAGAACAAGCAAUCGCUCUGCAGGCAGAGCAAGGGCAUGUGUUUCACAGCACCUAUAAGGAGCUGGAUCAGUUUCUUCUGGAGCAUCUAGCAGGGGAAAGGAGACAAACCAAAGUUACUGACAUUGGCGGGAGACAAAUAUUUAGCAACAAACAUUCACCCAGGCCUGAAAAGAGAGAAACCAAAUGUCCCAUCCCAGGAUGUGAUGGCACAGGGCACGUGACUGGGCUGUACCCUCACCACCGCAGUCUCUCAGGCUGUCCACAUAAAGUUAGAGUGCCACUAGAAAUUCUUGCCAUGCAUGAAAAUGUUUUAAAGUGCCCCACCCCAGGAUGCACUGGAAGAGGACAUGUCAACAGCAACCGCAACACACACAGAAGCCUUUCUGGUUGUCCAAUUGCUGCAGCUGAAAAGUUGGCAAUGUCACAGGAAAAGAACCAGCUCGAGUCUCCAAAAGCUGGGCAGUGCCAUGAUCACACUCACAGGACAAAUUUAACAAAGCAACCUGAAGUAGCUCAGUACAAUUACAGAACUUCAGAACCAGUAACCUCUUCCAGAGCCACCCUGAUGAAAGAACAGGAGAAGUUUGGGAAAAUACCAUUUGAUUAUGCCAGUUUUGAUGCACAAGUCUUCGGCAAACGCACAACAGCACCUGUGGCACAAGGACGAAAAACACCCCAGUUCCUUGAAUCAAAGCAUUUUUCAAAUCCAGUGAAAUUUUCUAAUCGACUGCCUAGUGCUAGCGCCCACACACAGAGCCCUUGCCAUGCCAACUCUUAUAGCUACGGUCAAUGUAGUGAAGACACCCACAUAGCAGCAGCUGCUGCUAUCCUGAACCUUUCCACCCGCUGCAGGGAAGCAGCAGAGAUCCUCUCCAACAAACCACAGAGUCUGUCUGCCAAGGGAGCUGAGAUAGAAGUGGAUGAAAAUGGCACUUUGGAUUUGAGCAUGAAAAAGAAUCGAAGCCAAGACAAAGUUGUGCCUCUCACUUCUUCCAGAACAGCACUUCCCACUCCUUCCUCUUCUCCUUUCAAAACAAGCAGCAUCUUGGUAAAUGCAGCCUUCUACCAGGCUCUUUGUGAACAGGAAGGCUGGAAUACACCAAUCAACUACAGCAAGACCCAAUGCAAGAAAGAUGAAGACAAAGAGAAAGAUCCAGUGAGCUCUCCAGAAAACAUGGAGGAAAAGAAGUAUCCAGGAGAUGUCUCCAUACCAAGUCCUAAACCCAAGCUCCAUUCAAGAGAUCUCAAAAAGGAACUCAUCACCUGUCCAACUCCAGGAUGUGAUGGUAGCGGUCAUGUAACGGGAAACUAUGCAUCACAUCGCAGUGUUUCUGGGUGCCCAUUAGCUGACAAGACACUGAAAUCCCUUAUGGCUGCUAACUCUCAGGAGCUUAAGUGCCCAACACCUGGCUGUGACGGCUCUGGUCAUGUGACAGGGAACUAUGCAUCCCACAGAAGCUUAUCUGGCUGUCCUCGAGCCAGGAAAGGAGGUCUCAAAGUGACUCCUACCAAGGAAGAAAAAGAAGAUCCUGAACUUAAAUGUCCAGUGAUAGGCUGUGAUGGCCAAGGUCACAUAUCAGGUAAAUACACUUCUCAUCGCACUGCUUCUGGUUGUCCUUUGGCUGCCAAGAGACAGAAGGAGAGUCCUGUCAAUGGGUCUUCACUAUCCUGGAAACUGAACAAACAAGAGCUGCCACACUGUCCUUUGCCAGGCUGCAACGGGCUGGGUCAUGUUAAUAAUGUUUUUGUCACCCACAGAAGCCUGUCUGGUUGUCCUCUGAAUGCACAAGCCAUAAAAAAGGGCAAAAUUUCGGAAGAAUUAAUGACUAUCAAGCUUAAAGCAAGUGGUGGUAUUGAGAGUGAUGAAGAAAUCAGACACUUGGAUGAGGAAAUAAAAGAACUGAAUGAAUCCAAUCUUAAAAUUGAAGCUGACAUGAUGAAACUUCAAACCCAGAUUACAUCUAUGGAGAGCAAUUUGAAAACCAUAGAAGAAGAGAACAAACUCAUAGAGCAGAACAAUGAGAGCCUGUUGAAGGAGCUAGCUGGCUUAAGCCAAGCCCUCAUCUCCAGCCUUGCUGACAUUCAGCUUCCACAGAUGGGGCCAAUCAGUGAGCAGAAUUUCGAAGCAUAUGUAAAUACACUCACAGACAUGUACAGCAAUCUGGAACGGGACUAUUCCCCCGAAUGCAAAGCUCUGCUGGAAAGUAUCAAACAGGCAGUGAAGGGCAUCCAUGUGUAGGAUGUGAAAGCUGCUGGGCAACAGAAAUUACUUAACAGCAGUAAACUCCAGAUGGAUCUGUUAGGAGUUCAUG